GGGGGGUUCACUUCCUUCCUGGAUCUGCACUCCUGUCUGCGGGGAAAAGGGUAUUUCACAAUUCUGCGCGAAAUUGGCCGCUGGCUUUGGGGAUCGAAAGCCUUGAAGUAACCCUAAGCGGAAGUCUGCGCUACUCGCGAAGCUGAUUCGGGGUCCCGCAUGAAGUCUUCUUGGCGAUCACAAUGCCCUUGGAGGUGACGUGGCCGUUCCCCCAACGCCCCUACUUGGGCUGGCGGCUCUCGAGCUCUCUGAUCAUGGGCAUGGUGGGGUCCUACAGCUACAUCUGGACUAAGUACAUGAACUAUCUGACUGUCGACAAUCAGAAUGUUCUUCACGAUCUGAUAGACAAUCGGCCGCAGAACACGCCUCUCAUCACCCUGUCAAAUCAUCAGUCCUGUAUGGAUGACCCACACAUCUGGGGAAUUUUGAAGCUCAGACACCUGUGGAGCUUUAACAAGAUGAGGUGGACUCCGGCCGCAUCCGAUAUUUGUUUCACCCGAGAGUUUCACUCCAGGUUCUUCAGCCGGGGGAAAUGCGUUCCUGUGUGUCGAGGUGAUGGUGUGUAUCAGAAGGGCAUGGACUUCAUCCUGGAGAAGCUGAACAGAGGGGAGUGGAUUCACAUAUUCCCAGAGGGAAAAGUAAACAUGACUCAGGAGUUCAUCAGGUUAAAAUGGGGGGUGGGGCGUCUGAUAGCCGACUGCGCCCUGAACCCCGUCAUCCUUCCGCUUUGGCAUGUAGGAAUGAAUGACGUCCUGCCCAAUGAAGCUCCAUAUAUUCCCAGGAUUGGACAGAAAAUUACGGUUUUGGUGGGGAAGCCAUUUACUGUCAAGCAUCUGGCCGAGAGAUUAAAGUCUGAGAACAAAAAUCAGGUGGAGAUCAGGAAAGCUCUGACUGACUUUAUCCAGGUGGAGUUUCAUGGGCUGAAAGCCCAGGCAGAGACCCUGCACCAGCGGAUUCAGAGUAGCAAGCGAUAGCCAUUCUUGGUUGAGCCUGGUCCGCCCCAAAUGUGAAGCAAGUGCCAUGCAGUGCCACUGCUGUACCUCAGAUGAUGCCCAAACUCCCGCCGUCAGAGACUGAAGUGCGGCGCUCACAACCUCACUUGGACCAGAGAUGUGUAACGUGUGGACACUCUUCUGCCUUUUAGGAAAUUUUACCAGUGACUAUAAAUAGAAAUGAUAAAUGGAAAUGAUUUUAAGGUGGGGGGAGGGAACAGCAGUGUACUUCAGGUAUCGUUGAGGUUUUUCAGAGUUUAUUUUCCUGUUUUUGCUAAACCUACUAUCUAAUAUUUUUAUGCCACAAAUCACCAUCAUAAAAUGUGACCUCAUUUCCUUUGUAAAAGGUUGCAGUGCUCACCUUUCUAUGUACUGCAUUUCUAACUGGAAAAAUUCCUAUAUGGACAAAACUUUGUAAAAAAUUUCCCAUAAUCUUUUGAUGCUAGUUCUUCAUUGAUUUCCCCGUAAUGCAGUAUCAGAAUGAGAUUCUAGCUUAAUAAUAUGAUUUAGCAAGUUGUGAUUUAAUAUGACUGUGCACUUAACACAUCGAGUCAUAAAUGUAAAAUAAUCAUAUAGGCAGGAUACACGUGCAUGUUGACUAGAAUUCUGGAUGUUUUACUGAUCCGUCUUGAAGUUUAUCGGCAAAAUAUAUUCAAGCUUUUUUACUGAAAUUAAGAAUAAAGUUUAGAAAACAUGGUGCCCACCUGAGGCCAUUAUGUCGCCAGGUUAGAAGUCAGGGCUUCUGCUUGCUAAAGUUUAAGAUGUGCCUCGCUGUGUUGUGUAAAACACCUUUAUUCUGAAAGCCAAAAGGUGACACCACUGCAAUUAAGAGGGCUGAAUGUUUUUAUUCAUCUAAAAUACAGAUAAUUUAAACGUGGCUGAUAUAGAUCUGGGUCUUCCAUUAAGGAAAAAAAAUCCAUCCGUCCAUCCAUUUUGUCCUGUUCAGGGUCGUGGGGGGUCCAGAACCCAUCCCAGAGGCUACAGGCUACAGGCAGGGAACAACCCAGGAUGGACUGCCAACACUUAGCAGGAAAAAAACAGUAAAUCACAACUCAUGAGUGCACUUAUUAAACUACACAAGGUUAUGAUAAAAGCUGGUGAUAUGCUGUGUGAAGGUUGCUUCCCUAAUAAUAUGAGAGGUGCCACAUAACAGGAUCUGUGAGCCUAGGAUUUAUUUUACGGUUUGGCAGCUGACAGGGAUGGAACCGUUUUUACCGUAUGAGAUGUCCUGUGGGACGCUAUGUAAUGUCAAGUAUGAGUAUUUCUUUGUCCAAUGUGUACCCGGUUAUUUUUCACUUCAUGCACUAUUUACUAUUUAAAUGACAAUUUCCGUGUAAUUUUGGUACUCUGAUAGGCAAUGACAUUGUAAAAUAUGAAAUUUAUAAUGUUGCCCUACUUUAAUGAAUUCCUUUUUUUUUUCUUGGUCAUUGCAUCGAAUCAGUGAAGUUUUGAAUUUUGUAUUACUAUUAAAACGGCAUGAUUUUGUCUA